CUUCCUUCUCUGGAAGGAACAUGGGCGGCGUUGACAACAACGAGCGCCGCUUGCCGCUCGUCUUCAUGGCUCUCGUUGUCAUCGGCCUUGGGAACAAAAUCUUUCAAAAACUCCAAACCAUCCCCAUGCACAAUUACCCAAACUUCAUCAACUUGCUCAGCACGUUUGUCUACAUUCCACUGAGCUUUGCAUACAUCCUUCCAAUGAUCAAGUAUGGCAACGCCAUUACUGUGGACCAACGCCGCAUUCCCAAGUGCAAAUUUGCCGUCAUGGGUGCGCUAGACAGUGUGGCGGGGAUCCUUCAAGUGUUUGCCGCGACGUACUUGGGUGGUUCGCUCCUCAUCUUACUCGGUCAGGCGGCGAUUCCAGUCAGCAUGGGCAUUUCAAAGUUCCUGCUCAAGACCAAGUACUCGUGGUACCAGUACGUCGGGGCGGUGGUCGUAGCAGUUGGUAUCUUGGUCGUCUUGGGCCCGUCCAUGCGAUCCAGCGGCGGUGGAGACCACAGCACGGUCCUUUGGUCUGCGGUCAUGAUUGCAAGUUGCAUCCCGAUGUGCUUGUCUAGUGUCUACAAGGAAAUCGCGCUCGGUCAAGCCGAACUAGACGCCGUGUACCUCAAUGGGUGGAUUGCCGUGUUCCAGUUUAUCUUGAGCAUUCCGCUGUCUUUCCCCGCCGCCAUGAUCGGCAGCCCCCCCGUGCGUCCACACGACCUCCCCAAGAACUUGUACGACGGGAUGCAAUGCUACAUGGGACACAAUACCAUCCUCGACGGCCCCCACCCCGACGACUGCGAAAAGGCCACGUUGUUCGUGACCAUCUAUAUCUUUUUCAACGUUGGCUACAACCUCUUGAUUAUUCUCAUGCUCAAGUUUGGUAGUGCGAACCUUUUGUGGCUGGCGAUGACGAUCAUGGUGCCGCUCGGCAACGUCGCGUUCACGUUUCCAUUUAUGCCAGAGCACCAGCCGCUCCACACGACGGAUGUCGUCGGCCUCGUUGUCAUCAUGGUCGGCCUGUUCGUGUACAGGUUCCUGCAGGACAUGGUGGCGUCGCGGCAGACAGUCCCAGAGACGACUGACGCCGAGUUGAAGGAAACGCUCAUGUCGAGUUAUUAACAGAGUCCAAGUAAACACUACACUGACAAUUGGCGUGUAUUUUUCAACUUACAUAAGAUCGGG